AGCCGAUCAUGGUUUUACUACUGAUGAUGGGCGAAAAUAAAGGAAUUAGUUUUUUGAACCUUAGGAACACGUCGUUAUCGAAUAUGUCUAUGUCGUUGGAGCAUGAGGCUUCUAUAAUUGACUACCACUACACUCUUAAUUACGUUUUCUAUUACUGCUUCCACGGCUCUACUAUCUACAGCAAACGUCUCACCUCAGAGCCAUCCAGUUCCUUGCAGUCCAUAUCGCCAUCCAGUCGCGUGGUGACGACCGACAUGUAUGUCACUACCCUAGCAGUGGACUGGGUGCAUGACGCUCUGUACUGGGCAGCGGUCACACCUACACAAAACUCAUGGUACCGUUCUGUGAUCAUGAAGUCCAACUUGGACGGAACCGAAAAGUUGGCUCUAUUUGAGCAAGAGUCUAUUGGAUCACAAAAGGGAAAAUACCGUAUACACCUCUGUUAGAAAUGCAACUGGAUCCAUACGAGGGACUGUUGUUUUACAUCGAACAAGUUCUUCCAACUGACACACUGUUAAAGCGAACAAAUCUCGAGGGAAAUGGAAUGAUUAAAUAUAAAAUAUCGAAAAACCACAAUAUUUUAAGACUCGCUUUGGACAUCUAUAGCAAAAGAAUUUAUUUCUCAGGAUUAUAUCACGGAAAUAUCUACAUUGCUUCCACUUCUUACAAUUUUACCGAUUUGAUUAUGUUCAAAAUGGAUUUUUACAUUAGAGAAGAUCUCACAAUAUCUGUUUACAAGAACUUUCUGUACUUAAACUCUAGAAUCACAGGCACCCUGUAUGAAACUAAAAUUGAUGAACCUGGCAAGCGUCUAAAGUUAACGAAUCUGAAGAGUUACGCGAAAGUGUUAUCGUUGCCACAUGCCAACAUGCGAGUUUACGGGCCAACGGUACAGAUGUCUGCUGAAGACCAGAGGUGUCUUGAGCUCCGGUGUGUGAGUUCAUGUCAGGUAACCUCGGACAUCCCUGGAGAGGGGAAGAGAGUCUCCUGUACCUCUCCUGGAAAAGUGGAGAGAAGUGGAGUGAAGAUAUUAGUUCAGGACAAGAAGAACCUCAGGGGAAAUCUGUGACUCCAAGCCCAAAUACGAACUUACAGUCAAACUACAGCCUCCUGCUGACAAUCGUCCUUCCUGUAACGGUCGUAAUAGUGGUGUUGUUCACGUGUUGCCGUCUCUGGAUGCGACACGGGUUACAAAUAGGCAGAAAUCGAUGGGAGUACCGUCAGCAGUGGUGGAAAGACAUAUGCCGCGAACAGUCGGCAGUAAAUUAUACGGAAAGAACUAGAUAGUAAAAGAAGAGACGUGGAAAGUUCAGACUUAUAACUUCCCGUAUAUCGUACAGUAAUUAGGCCCCGAAAAGAACAAAGCUUAUCAGCGGGGUCGUAUUUAGCUAUUUAAUUUGCAAAUAUAUAUAAAAGGUAUAAAACAUUUUAAUAGGCUACAAAACUAAAUACAAUACAUUAAUGUGGUGGAAAAUUAGGGGGAAAUUAGGCUACUAAACUUAAAUCUUUAAUCUAAAAAGUGGCUGAAUUAAACAAAAAAAUGUUAAAACAUAUCCACAGACAACAUAUAUACUCUGUAUAAACAUAAACUACAUGGGAAAAUUCGGAAACUUAAAAGCAAUUAUAAUCUAUUAUAACAACCUAACAAACAAUUAACACAAACAGCUGACAUCCUCCGCCUCCACAAACUCAUGAAUGUAUUAGCUGGAAAGGAAAGGACAUCGGUCCUAUAACCUCAAUCUGAAAUCGCGAUUGCACGUAAAAAUACAAUAUCUAUAUAAUCAUACUUUUUGUUAUCUAUAGUUUAUUUAUCCCAUUCAUUUUAUGUUCAUAACGAAUCUGUGUAACAUACUCGUAAUAUCUGCCCUUUUAUUUAGUUCGAGUUAAUGUACAUGUUAAAAAAGUAUUAACUAAAAAUGUUGAAAUCCCCCUUCAAUGUCUUAGUACCUAAAUUUACAAUAGCAUAAUUUUAUGUUUAACUAAUUAAUGUCAUUUUGUGAUAUAAAAAUCGCUUCAAUAUUUAUGUGUCAGUGUUGUGAAGUGUUUGGUGUCAAUUUUCUGUGUUAUUGUGUGGCUUAGUAUGUGCAUACUUCAUUCUUUCUGGAUAAA